CAUACAAGAAAGACCCAAACAAAUGUUAAAAAGAAAAAAGAAAAAAGAAAAAAGAAAAAGAAAAAUAAAGAAUGAGAGAAAAGAGAGCCAAUUCUUGAACAGAAGAAAACAAUGGAGUUGGAGUUCUGAUUCUCCUCCACUAUCUCCACCGUACUAAUCCACUCUCUCAUUUUUUCUUUACUGUAUGCCCCAACUGAUCCUCGUUGCCCUUUAAUUUUUCUCCUCUGAUAUUGUUUCCUGUUUCUGUUUUUUUCCACUUCCGAAUCCGGCAGUUUUCCGAUAUGAACGACUUCGAGGACCUCUUACCCACUGAUUUGGGCUUCAAAUCACAGGGCCAAUCCGCCCCAAUGGCCUCCUCCAAACCCUCUUCCUCCUUCUCAUCUAAUUUUGGAUCGUCGCGCCCUCGCUCCUCCUCCUCUUCCAAUUCUUUUGACGAUCGUGAUUCGGUGUUUACAUCCACCGGCCCACCACAGAGAUCCCAAAACUUCGGCUCCGGAUACGGCGAUCUCUUCGGUUCCUCGCGAAACCCCACCAAAUCGGAGAGCGCCGCGGCCACCACGUCGUUCAAUUUCGAAACCUUUCGCGAUUCCGGUGCCACGAAGGCUUCGACGCCGCCGGUAUAUGAUAAGCCGGUGUAUGACGACGACAUUUUCGACGGUGUGCCUGGGCUGAAGAGCUCGUCGUCGAGGACGAAGUAUGACGACGUUUUUGCCUCAGGUUCCGCGUCGUCACCGAAGGGGAGUGAUGCGCUUGAUGAUCUUCUAGCAGGGUUUGGGAAGGCGGAGCGUGAGUCAAAGGGUAAGGAAUCAGAAAGAGAGGAGAAGGGUGCGCCGGUGGGUUUCGAUGAUUUGAUACCCGGUUUUGGUGUUACUAGUGUCCCUAGUGAAAGGCCAACUUCAGAGGCCAAAUGGUCCUCUGAACCAACUGUAAACCCAGCUAGAUCAGCCUCCAAUGUGAUGGAAGACCCCUUUAAAAUAUUAGAAUCAACUUCGCGUCCUGUGGUUUCAUCUCCUGAGCAUUUUGCUGACCCAUUGGAAGAAAUCAGUAAGUUCAGCAAUUCACGAAGCAUAAAAAAUGAGGGGACAUCUGCUGCUAAUAGUGGGGAAGUUUAUGAUGAUAUGGAUCCCUUUAAUGGCCUUGGGAAUCUACCGGCAUUUUCAUCAGAGAGGAAUAACAGGUUGAAAGAGAAGAGCCCUUUUAUGACAGAUAUGAGCACGGGUUGGAAUAGAACUUCCAAUAGUAAAGACCCAAUUGAGAAAAAUUCUGUGAGAAGUCCUGAAAGCCACUUGCAGAAGAAUAUGCCAGUUGAAAGUGAUCAGGAGUCUCAUCAGACCAUGUUUGACAUGCCAACAUUUUCAACAGAUUCUCAUAAAUCUUUUGGUCAAACAAUUUCCCCCCCUUCCUAUUCUAGUACCAAUGAGGCAAAUGCUCAGGUGGAUAUGUCUCCUAGAGCUGAAGAGAAAUUGGAAUCAUUCGAUGAUGUAUGGCUGACUGUGUCGGAGAUUCAUCUUUUCACACAACCCACAAGUGCUCCACCACCUUCGAGACCCCCUCCUCCAAGACCCGUACAGGUUUCAAAUUCAAGAAAGAAGAUGAACGAGCACACUUUGUUCCCAACUUCAGCACAGUACACUCAAGGUCCCAAGUCAGCUCCUGCUGCAGCGAAGGACUCAGUUAAAUCUUCCUUCGAUGAACUUGAAGAUUUUGCCAUGGCCAGGAGUCAAAAUGUUGAUGAACACGCAAAUGGUCUUUUCAACGAAGAAUUGGGGAUGAACUCGGCUGCUGCUGCCAUGAAGGAGGCUAUGGAUAGAGCUGAGGCUAAAUUCAAGCAUGCAAGGGAAGUUAGGGAGAGAGAGAGUACAAAAGCUGCCCGAAGUAAAGAUGCUGUGCAGCUGGAAAAAGAUGAGAGAACUGCACAAGAUGAGAGAGCAGUAAGAGAAAAACAAGAGAGGUUAGACCGUGAUUGGUUGCAGGGGGAUAGGGAAGAGGAAGAAAGGGAACAAAGAAGAAUUGAGAAAGAGAGGGAGAGAGCUAGGGAAAUUGAGAGGGAAAAGGAGGAGAAGGAAAAAGAACAGAGGAGACUUGAGAAGGAAAGGGAGAGAGCGAGGGAGAUUGAGAGGGAAAGGGAAAAGGCAAGACAAGCUGUGGAAAGGGCUACAAGAGAAGCACGUGAAAGAGCAGCUGCUGGAGCUCGCCUAAGAGCUGAAAAAGCUGCUGUGGAGAAGGCAAAUGCCGAAGCUCGAGAACGUGCUGGAAGGGCUGCCGUCCAGAGAGUCCAAGCUGAAGCUCGUGAAAGGGCAGCAGCAGAGGCAAAGGAAAGAGCUGAAAAGGCUGCUGCAGAAGCCAGGGAAAGGGCUAAUACAGAAGCCCGGGACAGAGCUGCAGUAGCAAGGGCUGAGGCUGAAGCACGACUGAGAGCAGAACGAGCUGCUGUAGAAAGGGCUGCCACAGAGGCUCGAGAAAGAGCUGCAGCUGCUGCAAGGAUGAACCAACAGAAGAACGAAAAUGAUCUUGAAUCCUUCUUUAGCAUGGGCCGAGCUAGCAGUGCGCCAAGGCCUAGGGCUAACUCUUCGGACCCGUUGUUUGAUACCCAGUCUCAGAACAGGCAAGAUCCUGAAGUGGCGAGGAGAGCUGCCACGACUUCCUCAAAUAUUAGGAAAGCAAAUUCGACAACAAAUAUUGUUGACGAUCUUUCUUCAAUUUUUGGAGCUGCUCCGUCAUCAGGAGAGUUCCUGGAAGUUGAAGGGGAAAGUGAAGAAAGACGAAGAGCUAGGUUGGAACGCCACCAGAGGACCCAUGAGCGUGCGGCAAAAGCAUUGGCUGAGAAGAAUCAGAGGGACCUUCAAACUCAGAGGGAACAAGCUGAGAGACAUAGGAUUGCUGAAACCCUGGAUGUUGAGAUCAAGCGAUGGGCUGCAGGGAAAGAGGGCAAUUUGCGCGCUUUACUCUCGACUUUGCAAUAUGUCCUCUGGCCUGAAUGUGGUUGGCAGCCAGUUUCUUUGCCUGACAUGCUUACAGCGCCUGCAGUUAAAAAAAUUUAUAGGAAGGCAACUUUGUGCAUUCACCCUGAUAAGGUGCAACAAAAAGGUGCCACUCUCCAGCAGAAAUAUGUUGCAGAGAAGGUGUUUGAUCUCCUAAAGGAAGCUUGGAACAAGUUCAAUUCAGAGGAGCUUUUUUAAGUUCUUUUGUGCAGGAUUUUCACUUGAGUUUAAUCUGUUGGUAACUGCGCCACUUGCUGGAGAGGGAGACGUUAUUUGGGGAACUCUCCCUCUGGUGUUACUGAGUUUUGAUUGAAGUUGAAAUGUAUCUACUGCUAAAGGAGGCUUCAUUUUAUAUAGCAACCGAGAUGCCCGAUUGGUAUUCUAUUUGUCUACUGCCAUACUUGGUGUUCCUUCAGGGGUUAUUGCAGCUCCAAAGAUCUGUGAAUGAAAUUCUGAAUGCUUGUGAAUGUAGAAUAGCAUUUUCUGGGCAUCAUGCCCCAUGUCAAUUUCAUUCUGUCAUCUUCUCACUUCCUUUUGGUGAGCCUGUCAUCUCACUUCAGUGAGAAGGUCUUUAGUUUUUUUUGUUAGUUAUUGUUUUGAUGAUUUUUUAACUUUUGUGAUAUAGUACAAAUCAUGAUAUGUAACGUUGACAAGCCAGUGUGCCAUUGAAAUGAGAAUUUGAUUAUGAUAAUGAUCUUCCUUGUGAAUU